UACAUUUUACAAACGACAAGCAUGGCCAGUGGAAUAAUGCUGAGGAGUAACACCAUGGCACAAGACCCACUGGAGUCCAAGCAGGUGCACAAACUACUGCAGUUGGUAAGCCAGAAAAAUAAAGAGCUGGUGGAGAAGUUUUCAAUGAGAACCCCAGGUGUGAUCAACAUGACAGAGUCGGAAGAGGGGACCAGCGCCCUGCACUUGGUUGCGAUGUCCCACGAUAUGGACAUGGCUCGGUUCCUACUGUCUCUCAACGCUCAUCCUGAUAUCCAGGACAAAAUGGGACGGACCCCCAUGAUGCUGGCUGCAGAACUCGGUGAUGUCCACAUGGUGGAGCUUUUGGCCAAUAAUCGGGCCAACAUGACCCUAGUGGACAAAGAAGGCAAAGGAAUUUUAUUUUACUGUAUUCAGCCAACAAAAAUGCAUGCACAAAUCCUGGAGAUGGCCUCAAACAUGAAUGCGGAUGUUAACAACGUCUCCAACGCAGGGAAGUCUGUGUUCAUGUUGGCCUGUGAACGGGCGAAGGAGUGUGAGCAUCUCUGCAUCCGGCUUUUAGAGAAAGGAGCCGAUCCCUGCGUCGCAGAUGCGGAGACGGGCUGUACCCCUCUGAUGGCAGCAGCGAGAGCCGGAGCUGUCGAGUUGGCGAGAGCGAUCCUGCAGAGAGGAGGAAACCCGAAUUCAGUUGACAGAAGACAAAUGCGCGCUGUCCAUGUUGCAGCAGCCAAAGGUCUCUUUGAGGUGCUGAGGAUGUUGUCGUCAUACUCGGCCGAUUUCAACGUGGAGUCGUCGCUCGGGAAUACGCCACUGCAUGCAGCUGCAGCUGAAGGCCACGUCGAAUGCUGCAGGUUUCUGGCUCAGAGAGGGUGCAAUGCGACGACGAAGAACAUUUUGAAUUUAAUCCCGAGCCAACUUGCUAAAAAAAAUGGCCACAAAGCUGCUCUGAAGGAACUGAAAUUGGCAGAGAAAGCUUCGACAUCUGAAGCAGUAAAAUCUUGCAUUUCUGCAGCCAAGCUGCACGACUGGUCAUACCAGCAUGAAGAUGAGCUGAGGGAAGCCUUCCAAGCUGCCGAGGAGUCAGACGCUCCUAUCGAGAACAUUCCAACGAAGAAGUUUGUGUCCGUCCUGCAGGCGCACAACGCUCCGAUAGAUGCUGACGAUCUAAACAACAUCAUCGAGCUGAUCGACGUCCAUUGCAACGAGCGAAUUAACAUCGAUGACUUCUUCUUGGGAAAGAACUUUCUGCCGAAUAAAUACCAGCUCUCGUGCUAUGCACCUAAAACAGCAGACAAGGCAGAUAUGGAGAAGGAAGGCAAGAGCCUUUUGCUCGCCUACACGGAGACAAUGGACGACACGAGGAAAAUCAUGGAGCCGUUUACCUGCAGAAGUCGCGAACGGCUGCGGUCUGACCAUGCCUCGAACGUCGAAAAGCCACUGGAAAUGUACAUCAACAUCAACCAAUGUGUGCAAACAGACGACUUUGAGGCGUUGAGCUUGGCGUUUAGCCAGAACGUCCCUGUCGACUUUAGGGAUCGUUGGUAUAAAACGCCACUCAUGACUGCCUGCAAGAGCGGGAACUACCAAAUGGCUCAGUUUCUUAUCUCACAUGGGGCAAAUGUGAAUGCGUACGAUCAGGUGAAAUGGACCGCUCUACAUCACACCUGCUUCACCGGACAUGCGGAAAUUGUAAAACUGUUACUGGAGCACGGUGCCUUUGUCGAUGCUGUGACCUCAAACGGAGUCACGCCGCUCAUGAGGGCCAUCCAGAGCUGCAAAAUUGAUUGCGUGGAACAGCUCAUUAAAGCCGGUGCGAACAUCGAGGCCACAAACAAACGCGGAGAUAACUGUGUGGUUCUCGCCACAAAGUAUGGAACUGAGGCAAUCUGUAAUUUGGUCAAAACUUCGUUAGAGCUCAGCCAGGCAAAGAAACCAGAAAAAAAGGGAGCUCCAGCACCUCCACCAGCCAAGGCACCCGGAAAGGGCAAGGAUCCAGGAGAAAAAAAGGCAGGCAAGGAGGCUGUGACGCCAAAGACCGGAGCAGGCCAGAAGAAAUGUGUUAUAGCGCUGAACCUGCUUACUACAGACCACUGCAUUACCUUCCCUUCUGUAAAUUUAUGGGGGCAGGAGGUUGUUUCAUCUCCUCAGCUUAAGAGGAGGCAAGCAGACAGAAAGAAACGCUUUGCUAAUGAAGACAAGCUGAAGCUAGAAGACAAACCUGCAGUGAAAGAUCCAAAGCAAAAGGGCAAGGCUGGCAGUUCCCAAAAAUAA